AUGGACCCGUGCACGUCAUUUUCGCUAACUCUCUCCAACAACCUACAAAUUCCCCGGGUGGGUCUCGGCACGACGCAUUCGAGCGGUUGGUAUCAUGAUACGGUAGUGCACGCGUUGACACGUGGCAAAUAUCGGAUGGUGGACACGGCGAAGCGCUAUGGUGUGGAGGAAUUGUUGGGACAGGCGAUUGAGGUGGGUUGCCACGUCACUACAGUACUCCUAAUCUCUUCGAGACUCAAAAAUACUUGAUCUACGUAAAAUUACGGUCAUUUUGAUACCCAUAUUGCCUAUGUUCCUUGAAAUUUUCUUAAAGGCGCAUAGAAAUCCCUAUAGAGAUAUAUUUUGGGUCUCGCCACGAUGUCCCUUUAAAAUCCACAAAAAUUUGUGAGAAGGGUACCAUUUUGCUCAGAAUUUCGAGCUCUACAAGAUGAAGGGAAAUUUUGAUAAUUUUCUUAAAGGCGCAUAGAAGGGUCUCGCCACGAUGUCCCUUUAAAUCCAAGAUUUUCCCAGAGCAAAAUAUACCAUUAGAUUCAGAAUUUUGAGCUCUACAAGAUGAACUAGGGCUCAAAGUGAAAUUUGAGCAUUUUCAGCUAUAAUAUGAGCAAUUUCAGAAAAUUUGGAGCAUUUUGAGCUAAGAUUCAAUUUUUCGAAAGUUAGGCUUGUGAGAUAUCUCUCAAACCCAAAUUUCAGCCUGAAUUCGAAUUUUCAGAUGAUUUUCUUGGAACUUUCAGAUUCUCCUUGGAAUUUGGAGCAUUUUGAGCACAAUUCUGAUGAAUUUGGAGCAUUUUGAGCUAAAACUCAAUUUUCAGAAGUUUGGCUUAUGAGAUAUGUUUCAAACCCAAAUUUCAGCUUGAAUUCGAAUUUUCAGAUGAAUUUUCUGAAAUUUUCAGAUUCGCCUUGAAAUUUGGAGCAUUUUGAGCUCAAAUUUGAAAAGUUUAGAGCAUUUUGAGCCAAGAUUCAAUUUUUCAAAAGUUAGGCUUAUGAGAUAUCUUUCAAACCCAAAUUUCAGCCUGAAUUCAAAUUUUCAGAUGAUGUUUUCUGAAAUUUUCAGGUUUGCUUUGAAAUUUGGAGCAUUUUGAGCACAAUUCUGAUGAUUUUGGAGCAUUUUGAACUAAGAUUCAAUUUUUCAGAACUUAGGCUUAUGAGAUAUCUUUCAAACCCUAAUUUCUAGCUGAAUUCAAAUUUUCAGAUUGUUUUUUCUGAAAUUUUCAGAUUCUCCUUGAAAUUAGAAGCAUUUUUAGCUAUAAUAUGAGCAAUUUCAGAAAAUUUGGAGCAUUUGGAGCCCAAACAUGAGCAAUACUGUCCAAAAACUGAAAAUUCGCAAUUUAGGGUAUCUUUUUGAUCGGAAAAACGUUCAAAAACCAAAAAAUCAAUUAUUUUCGCAAAAAAAUACGUCACAACUGAUAAGAUACCGUGCACUUUGACCCAACAAAAAUCAUCAUCAAAAAAAAUUCCAAAAAAAAAAAAAAAACAAUUUUGCAGGACUCAAAAAUCGAUAGAUCCCAACUGUUCCUGUGCACCAAACUUUGGCCAUCAGAUUGCGGAAAAGCGGUGCGCGAAGCGGCGCGGAAGAGUUGCGCAAAGUUGAAAAGUGACUAUCUGGAUUUGUAUAUGAUUCAUAUGCCGCAGUUGCCGGAUUGGGUUUCGAAUCAGAAGGAGUGUCGAGAGGAGACGUGGAGGCAGAUGGAAUUGUUGUAUGAGGAUGGUGAGCUUCUGGGGGGUACUGUAGUUCGCUGCGGGACCCUGGGAGGAUCAUUUUGAGACCAAACAAGCCUUCGAGCGCGCUAGCGCGAGUGUAGAUCAAAAUUCCUCGUAAGCGGCUCGAGUGGAGCGAGUGUGUGUUCCUAUAAUUUCAACUACAGUACCCCAUGUUCCUUUGAAGUACUGUAGUUCGCUGCGAAACCCGAAGAGCAUCAUUUUAACACUAAACAUGAUUAUAAUCUGAGCAAUCUACAUUAUGAUCAUGUUUGGUUUCAAAAUGAUCCUCUCAGGGUCCCGCAGCGCACUACAGUAAUCUAAAAGAGCAUGAGUUACUGUAGUCAUAUUUAAAGGGACAUACACUCGCUCCGCUCGAGCCGCUUGCGCGGAAGAAUCCGCUUACACUUGUUUAGACUCAAAAUAACGCUCUCCGGGUCCCGCAGCGAUCUACAGUACUCUCCAUUCAAAAAAAAAAUAUUUUUCAGACCACGUCAGAUCAAUUGGCGUCAGCAACUAUUCGCAAUCGGACAUCGAGGAACUCGGCGAAUUUGCCAGCAUUAUGCCACACGUCAAUCAAAUCGAAUAUCAUCCCUGGUAUCAUGACAGGCGGCUCAAGGAGUUUUGUGACGAUUUGGGAAUUUUGACGAUGGUAUGUGUACCUUUAAAGUACUGUAGGUGGGUGGGAAAUUGAAAAUGGAACAUUUUGAGACCCCACACGCCUAGGCUCCGCCCACUUUUUGCAAUUUUGCGGCAUGGUUUUGAAAAAGCUUUAAUUUGAUACCAAACAAGCUUAGGCUCCGCCCACUUUUUGCAAUUUUGCGGCAUGGUUUUUUAAAAAUAAUUUUUCAAGUGAAAAAAUCCCUAUUUUUUUAUGCAUUGCUCAUUUUAUACUCAAAAAAUCGCGAUUUCUGAUGCAUUGCUCAGGUUAUAUUAAAAAAUCACGAAUUUUGAUGCAUUGCUCAUAUUAUACUUGAAAAUUUUUUUUUUCAAAUUUUCAGGCCUACUGUCCUCUUGCCAAAGGUCGUUACCUCGAAGACGAGCGGCUUUCCGCAAUUGCCGCGCGGCAUCCUGGCAAAUCCGCCGCACAGAUCUGCUUGCGUUGGAAUAUUCAGCAGGGAAAUGCGGUGGUGCCGAAGAGCACCGAUUUUGGGAGGAUUUCUGAGAAUAUGCAGAUUUUUGAUUUUGAAUUGAGCCAGGAGGACAUGCGCGUGUUGGAUGGGAUGGCGAGCAAGGAAUUUAAGGUAAAUCGGUUUGGAAAACUGAUAGUUUCAGCAUUUUCAGCGCAAAAUUUUGAUUUAGGAGUGUUUUUUUAGGUUUCCUGGAUGUCUUGUUGAAACUUUGUGAUCUAUUCUUUAAAACUUUCCAGGAUUUCCCGAAGACCACUUCUAGACUCAAAUUUUGCGCUGAAAAUUCUGGGAAAUUCUGAAAACCAGUAUUUCCAGCGUUUUCAGCGCAAAAUUUUGAUCUAGAAGUGUUUUUUGACCUUCGGAAGGUCUUGUUGAAACUUCCUGAUCCAUUCUUCAAAACUUCCCAGAACUCCCACAAACCAUUUCUAGACUCAAAUUUUGCGCUGAAAAUGCUGAAAAUAGCUGCGAUCUCUGAAAACUGACAAUUCCAGCAUUUCCAGCGCAAAAUUUUGAUCUAUAAGUGUUUUUUGACCUACGGAAGGUCUUGUUGAAACUUUCUGAUCUAUUCUUCAAAACUUCCCAGGAUUUCCCAAAAAUCACUCCUAGACUCGAAUUUUUCGCUGGAAAUGCUGAAAAUAGCUGUGAUCUCCGAAAACUGACAGUUCCAGCAUUUUCAGCGCAAAAUUUUGAUCUAGGAGUGUUUUUAGUUUAUAAAUUUUUAAGAAAAAUCUUAAAAAUACCUUAGGAACUUUAAAAAACCUCUAGGAACCUUUAGGGAGCUCCUAGAUUUCUUAAAUCCUCUAAGGACCUUUAGAAAGCCCCUGGAGCUCCUAAACCUAACCCUUCAUUUUCCAGGUCGUCGAUUUAUCCGACAUCUCCAACAAAAUGAACCUUCCCGAUGGCUACAAAUUAAAAGGACGUGUAUUCGGAUUGCCGGCCCGCGAAAAUGAGCCCACAAAAAAUUGCAAAAAAGAGCCCGAGCAUAAUAAUUUGACACAAAGUGCUAUUUUUUGA